AGAAUUUCUCGAAAAUCAAACCAGGCAGGCCAGACCGGAUUGAUGACGCCCCUGUAGUUAUUUGUGUAAGCAAAUUGUUAGUCAUUAUUACUAGAAAUCGUCCCCGACUCGCGCUCCUACUAUUCUAGACUACCCGCUGAUUCCAACUUCAAUUCCAAUCCAACAAGUGUUAAAGAGAUGGAGGGGGAUCAUUGUCUAUCUGCCCUUACUUACAAAGGAUCAAUUCCUCAAGCCAUUAUUGAAUCUAAGAACCAGAAGAAGCUUUUUGUUGUUUAUAUUUCUGGUUCUGAUGAUGCUGCAUCACUUGAACUGGAAAGAUCCACAUGGACUGAAUCCAAAGUGGCAGAGUCGCUUUCUAAGUACUGCAUUUUAUUGCAUCUUACAGAAGGAAGUCCUGAUGCUGUCAAUUUUUCUGCUAUUUAUCCAUAUAAGAUUGUCCCAUCUAUAAUAGCUAUCGGUUACAAUGGAGUUCAACUUUGGCAAAAUGAAGGAUUUGUCACUGCUGAAGUUCUUGCCUCCACUUUAGAGAAAGCGUGGUUGAGUCUCCAUAUUCAGGAUACAACUGCAACUGUCCUCACCGCAGCACUUGCUGCUAAGAAACCUGAACUAUCUGCAUCUACUUCAUCAGAUGUUGGCCUGUCUGGUGAAGGUAGUACUUCAGGUAUUGCUGUGUCAAAUUCAGCUGAUAAACAUGCACAGUCCUCAGAUGCUAGACGACCAGCUGCUGCUGAGACAACGAAAGAAAAUUACAAUUGUGAAGUUGUUGAGGAAAAAAGUACUGAAGACAUUGACGAGCAAUCCCCAAAGUCUUCUAAUGCUGUCAAGUCAAAAAGCAGUGAGCCUAAGGAUUCCACAUCCUCUACUAAAGAAGCGAAGGGGUUACCUAUUCCUAUGGUUAUUGACCAAAACGACUCUUUUGCUGAGGGCAUGACUUCUAGCUCUGAAAAUGAUCCUGUGGAAGAAAAGAUUAGUACUCAUCAUUCAGGUGGUGGAGGAGAUUCACAUAUAGCUACUAAUGAAACAAAUAAAGAAAUGCGAGAGGAAGGGAAGGAUGACAUUGCUUGUGAUGAUAAGAGAGUCAAUACACCUAGUGACGUUUAUUUAAAUAUCCGAUUGCCCAGUGGUGCUAACUUACAAGAUAAAUUUUCUCUGACAAGUACUUUAAGAAUGGUCAUAGACUAUGUGGACAGAAACCAAUCAAGUGGGCUUGGCUCGUAUAAUCUUGCUAUUCCUUACCCUCGCAAGGUGUUCAACAAUGAAGAUUUAAACAAAUCAUUAUCAGAGCUGGGGCUGUUCAACAGACAAGCAUUGAUAGUAGUUCCUCAUCAGAAGUCCACAAGUUAUCUCAGAGGGGGUUCUUCUUCUGACCAGGCAACUAUAAGGAACAGUGAUUCAACAACUGCAAGCAAUGGGGGAUAUUUUGCAUACAUCAGAAGCAUCUUAUCAUUUAUUAAUCCUCUUUCCUAUCUUGGUGGUAACACAAGCUCGUCAAAUCCUGAACGGCCUCAACCCGGCAUGUGGGAGUAUAGUCCAAAUCCAGCACUCCAAAACAACCCUGCAAGAGAAGAGAGGCCUUAUUCCAGCAACUUGCAAAACCGAGACUCUUCUGCAUCUGGUAGAAAUGACAUCAGAAAUAGGCAACCAACAACUUCUCGUAUUGGAAGCAAUAUUCAUACGCUGAAACAUGACGAAGAUGAUGGUCGGUUUGAUGAUAGGAAUGCCUUCUGGAACGGAAACUCAACUCAAUAUGGUGGGAACAAUGAUGGUAAAUAAGGUUUCUGGGAUAGGGUUGCAGUACAUUUUUCUUUUUCUUAUCAGCUACUGACUUUAAAUGGGUGCUGAAUAUGAGUACAUACUUUACCAUACUAAGACAAUAAUUUAGUAGAUAGAAGAAACAAUAGUUUCCGUAAUGAAUAUGAAGCACUUGAAAUUAUUUUGUUCUUGUAAAUAGUUGGAGCUGGAAGUUUAUUGGUUUAUUUUUAAUUGAACUGGUUUUUAUGUA